AGUCUUCUUGCCCUCUGAAGUCUGACUGAACUUGAAGGCUUAUACCCUGCCCAAGCGGAGCUCGCGUCCAUGGCGUCCACCGCGCUGGUGGGGGUGGGGGGCGGCCUCUCUCUCUGUAUCGUCGCUGCCUCCAGCUGCAGCUCCACCGCCGCAUCCUUCUCCAAGAGCACCGGUGGCGGCUUCCGACGGCAUGGCCGCCGCCUCGUCCUCCUGCGGAGAGGAGGCACCGGGGGGGAGAGGACGAGGAGACGGAGUUCCCUGAUAUUUCAUUGUACCAAUGAGGCGAAUGUGUUGACUGAGGAUGGCACUUUGGAUGCUGAUGCUACUGAUGAUGAAACUGACCUUGAGACUGACACUGAUGACACUAUUGAUGCUGAUGGUGAUACAGAAGAUGAACUGGAGUCUUCAUUGCCUGAGGAUGUUGAGUGGAUAAAGCAUCAGCCACUUCCUUAUCCUUCAGAUGCGCUGGAGCCAUACAUAAGCAAGGAGACAGUUGAGCAGCACUGGGUAGUUCAUCAGCAGAUGCAUGUGGAUAGGCUCAAUGGUAUGAUCGGUGGCAGUGAGUGGGAAGGCAUGUCACUGGGGCAGAUGAUGCUGUCCUCUUUCAACGAGGGCAGGGAGCAGCCCCAUCCUCCCUUCUUCCAUGCUGCGCAGGUAUGGAACCAUGAUUUUUAUUGGCGAUCCAUGAAACCUGGCGGUGGGGGCAAACCACCGGAACGGCUUCUGAAGUUUAUUAACAGAGACUUCGGCUCCUAUGAGCACAUGCUCCAACAAUUCAUGGAUGCUGCACUGACUCAGUUUGGUUCUGGAUGGGUUUGGCUUUCUUACAAAGAAAGCAAGUUGCCUUACGUGAAGUCAAGAAGUCCAAUCCCAUCUGACAAUUACGGUAGGCUGGUCAUCUCAAAGACUCCAAAUGCCAUCAACCCUCUUGUUUGGGGCCAUUCUCCACUCCUCGCGAUUGAUGUUUGGGAGCAUGCAUACUACCUGGAUUACGAGGAUCGAAGGGCUGAUUAUGUUGCUGCGGUUCUGGAGAAGCUUGUAUCGUGGGAAGUGGUUGAGUCGAGGCUCACGAAAGCCGUACAACGGGCGGUAGAAAGAGAUGGGUAUCUCAGGAAAAGAGUUCUAAAGAAACGACAUUUAGCUCAGGCGAAUGGCCAGGAUAGAGCUAGAUCUCGCACUCCGCGAGAGGCAAGGUGACCAUGAAGGCAUGAAGUCACCAGCAGCAGUCCCGUGGAGGCAUGACAAUGCAGCUGGUAAAUGAGGUGCAUCUCGGUCCUUCUGUAGCUGAAUUGAGACGCAAAGAUGGGGAAGAACCUGCAGCCAGACCACCAGAGAAUGCGAUCAACCUUUGUGGAUGACCGUCUUCAGAGUUUGCAUGCGCAUAUUGGUCUGCUGAGGUUGCAUACAUGAUACACCCUCAGUACUGCACAGGUGGGCUAAAUUUUUGUAACUAGGAUCAGGUUAGAGGUAGGAUAGAUAGUAAUUUCUUUUGCUCACUAUUGCUUGUGGGAUGUGAGUGAUCACAAAGGAAGACUGACUGGUGUGUUCUGAACCUUUGAUUGACGAACAAAGACUGCAGGGUGCUCUCAGUGCGAUCUCUAGAUAAAUUUGUUGUCA